AACAGUGUGAAUCGAACCGACACAUACCCCUUCCUUGCUUCCUUCGGUUUAUAAACAAGAGACCUUUCUUUCUUCUUCUUCUUCGAUCUAUAUUUUGUAUUUUUCUUUACUUUUGUUCUUGUAUUUGGUUUGUAGGAAGAGCAAAUUAUUGGUUUGGUGAGACAGAGAUGGGUACUCGUGGCGAUGAUGAAGACGAAGAAUGUUUCUUUGACGCCCCUAGUGAUGAUGUUCCCCAGGAUUUUGGUUUUCAUCUUUGGACCAAUGACCCCGACAGUGUUUCCAACCGACGCCGUAAGUUCCUCCAAUCCAUGGCCUUUAGUUUCAAUAAGUCUACCGAAGACAACGACUCCUCCUCCUCCUCUGUCUCUGAAGAUGAUGAACUUCUUCAACCACCCUCUGUUCCAGUUUCUGAACUUGUCGUCAACGGCUCUUUGAAAGAGGAUGAUUCGUUGUUGUUGUCGAGGAACGAAUCAACUUCCUCCUCCUCUGUAUUUGAUCGAUCCUCAGUUUCUUCAUCCGAGGAAACAGACGAUCGAUCCUUAAUCUUUUCCAGGAACAGCAGUCAAGGAUUGAGCGAAUCAAGUUCAAGCAGAUCGGGCAGCUUCCGAGACGAUUCCUCCAAGAAAGGUGCGCAGUUUUGGUUAAAGAAGCUAGGUGCUCUCACGCACGUCCUCGAAUCACUAGAUUGCGAAUCAGCAGCAACUACGAGUGUGCAGACGUACAAAAAGCAGUUCAAGGAGCUCUCCUCUCUGUGCGUCGACCAAGAUUUUUCAGCGCACGAUGGCUCCAUCUUAGCCAUGAAGUUCUCUCCUGAUGGAAAAUUCAUUGCAAGCGCUGGUGAAGACUGUGUUGUUCGAGUUUGGAGUGUAACCGAGGAAGAGAGAACAGACGAGUAUCAAGUCCCUGUGGUUGAUUCUGGUGUUUACUUUGGCAUGAACCAACAUUCUCAGGUUGAGUCUCUUAAUGUCAACAGUGAGAAGAAGAAGAAGAAGAAGACGAGUAGCUUUCUGAGGAAGUCAUCGGACUCAACUUGCGUUGUGUUGCCAUCUAAGAUCUUCAGUAUAUCCGAGAAGCCUAUGCAUGAGUUCAGAGGGCAUACCGGUGAGAUCUUAGAUCUUUCCUGGUCCGAAAAUGGGUAUCUCCUGUCAUGUUCUGUGGACGAGAGUGUACGGUUAUGGAGAGUAGGUUGUGAUGAAUGUCUCGGAACGUUCGCUCAUAACAAUUUUGUGACUUGUGUGGCAUUCAACCCUGUGGAUGAUAAUUACUUCAUUAGCGGAUCCAUUGAUGGGAAAGUGCGAAUAUGGGACGUGUCUCGCUGUCGGGUUGUUGACUACACUGAUGUAAGGGAUAUUGUGACAGCCGUGUGUUAUCGUCCAGAUGCAAAGGCUGCUGCAAUAGGUUCCAUAACAGGAGACUGUCGCUUCUACCUUUUACUUGAUAAUCAGCUGCAAAUGGACAGGGAGGUUAGCUUAACACAUGGGAAGAAGAAGGUGCCAAGCAAAAGGAUCACUGGUAUUGAGUAUUUUCCCAAUGACUCGGACAAAGUAAUGGUUACGUGUGCUGAUUCACAGAUUCGUAUCAUAUCUGGAGAGGAUGUUAUCUGCAAGCUUAAAGCUUCUGGUGUCUGCACAACAUGUGCCUCGUUUACUUUGGACGGGAAACACAUCGUGUCAACAACCGAAGACUCAGGGAUUCAUGUGUGGAAUAACUCUCAGUUACCCAGCAAGAAGCCAUCUUCCGGAAAGCCGAAAAGAAUCAAGUCAUAUGAGAGUUUUAUCUCACAGAAUGCGUCUGUGGCUAUACCUUGGUUGAGGCAAGCAAACAGGAACAGCCUGAGCGACUGCAUCACAGAUAUGGACAAGAAGAUAGGGAAAAUGGACAGCUGUUUCUCCCCAAUGAAAGGAUCAACAACAUGGCCAGAAGAGCAGCUGGACGAUGACUCAACAAUAGUGAGCAGUAGAGGGAAGAAGCUGAAGCUUCUGAAGAAUGUGUUGCAGCCUCACAUGUGGGGGCUUGUGAUUGUGACAGCGACUUGGGACGGAAGGAUCAGAGUAUUCAACAAUUAUGGAUUGCCAGUUCGGGUCUAAAAUACAAGUGAAUAAUAUUAAAUAAGUUAGAUUAGGAUUCUUUUAUUUGUGGGAAUACUAUUUAUACAUACUUACUAGUUAGGCGUAUAAAAUGUGUGUACACAUUGCUGAGUGUGGAUAAUGUACCUUUUCUCAGUCCCGAAAUGUCUAUAUUGUAAUCUAGUAAUAUAGAAUACACAGUUUUGUUUUUUAUUC